CUUGUGCUUCCUCCGCCCCCUCUUCCUGGAGUGAGCCAUUCCCUGCUCUUCCUGCCUUCCCUCUCUCUCUCUCUCUCACUCACUCUCACUCUCCCUUUUGGUCUCUCCGUCUUCUCCAGCUUGGGUUGAGUGUGUGUGGAACUGUGUCUAUGAGAAAGAGAGAGAGAGUACGCUUCUCCUCCUUUGAAAGAAACCCAAAACAGAGAGAAAGAGAGAGCAAAGAAAGAAAGAGCAAGUGUCUCUCUCUCUCUCUCUCUCUCGCCUGCUGGGAACUUGUUGUUGGCAAUGCCUGGCGCGGAGCAGUUCCCUCCGGCCCCUCUUUCAGAAUAAAGGACGAGGAGAAGCCCGUUAGGAAGAUCUGCAGUCGCAAAUGGUUGUACUCAGGAUAGGAUGGGACUUAAGUUGAACGGCAGAUACAUUUCUCUGGUCCUUGCGGUGCAACUAGCGUCCCUGGUGCAGGCGGUCAGAGCGGCGGGGAAGUGCGAUGCGGUCUUCAAGGGCUUCUCGGACUGUGUGCUCAAGAUGGGCAACAACAUCGCCAGCUACACGCAGGACCCGGACGACAAGAAAAAUCUCGAAACGAUCUGCAAGUACUGGGACGACUUCCACGCCUGCACCCUCAUCGCCCUCACGGAUUGCCAGCAGGAAGGGGUGACAGACGUCUGGGAGAAGCUGAAAGAGAAAUCCAAAAAGCUCGACUACGAAGGCAACCUGUUCGUCCUGUGCAGCAAGACCAACGCGGCCCGCUCCUCCGUGGUGGCCCUCCCGUCGCCUUGGCUGGUGGUGGCGCUUUCGGCCGCGUUGGCGACGCGCUUCUCCUUGUAAAGGGGGCGAGGUGGAGAGGGGGGAGGGGGCAGAGAGCCUUCUUUCCCCCUCUUCCUUCCGUCCUUCCUUCCUUCGCGCGGGGAAGGGAGAAAGCCAGCCGGAGAGAAAGAGCGAGAAAAGGACAAGCACAACCUGUCCCCCCACGACUCCGCCACCGCUUCUUCCACGCAGCCACGGCUUGUUGGUGGGAAAUAAAAAGCCUCCUCCACUUUGCUCGGCGGGGUGGUGGGUUGCACGGUGCACCCACAACAACAACAGCAACAACAACUGUGGUGGGGGGGAAAAAACAAAAGCCUGAAGCUGACCACCAUCUUCCCCUUUUGGAGAGGGGGAAGAAGAGGGAGAGAACUCACCGGCCACUGAGCAGUGCACCACGCCACCCAGCUCUCUCUCUUUCUUUCUUUCUCGCUCUCUCUUUCCUCUCGACCUCCCUCUGCUCCCUUUUGCGUCCUGAUUUGCCAAAUGGUCCCACCAACAGCCAAACUCGGACCUCAGCUUUAUCCUCUCUAGGCCUAGGUCCCUUCGACCCCCCUCACCCCCCUCCCUCUCUCUUUGGGGCGCAAAAAGCAAUCUCAGGAACGGCUUCCAGCCACCACCGAAUACUAAUAAAAGCGUUCAUAGCUAAUACUACUAAUAGUAAUAAUAAUGAAUCCUAUGAAUGAGGAGGAGGAGGAGGAUGCAGCUCACGUCGACACGAGUGGGGCUCUUUGAUGGGGGCGACGCACCAACAGGAUGGAUAGGAGGGGGGAUAUAGAGAAGGAAGAGGGGAGGAGCAAAAGGAGAGAGGGAUGGCGACGCCAUCUUUCCUUCCUGAGGAACUCUGGUGACAGUUUCGUUAUCGUUUCGUUUCAUUUCGAACGGAUUUUUUCAGCCAUUCCAUUUCAGAGACAUGGAGAAAAGGGGGAAAUAAACAAAUAAAUAAAGGACCAAUGGAAAAAAAUAAUAAAAAGGGCUGGGGAAUGAAGACAACACGGAAACAACAAGAAGAAGAUCAAAGAAACACAGAAGGAUUGAAUGAAAAUGUUGACCUAAUGAAUGCUGCUAAGUUUGCUGAGAGUUGAGCUUUACUUAACCGUCAAGGCAUCUUUUUCUUUUUCUCUCCAAAAUCCACUGCCUCUUUUUUUGUUUCUCUUUCUUUCCCCUUUUUUUCUUCUUUUUGGGAGAAAACAAUGUUUCCAAGUUUCCCCCCUCUUCUCUUGUUUUUUGACGUGUUUUUUCCACCAUUGCCGUAAGAUAUGAUUAUUCAAUCCAACCGUAUAGAUCACAAGGGGAAAAACAAACUACAAUAAGGAGGGGUUUACGUCUAUGUUUAAGAAAAAAUAAUAAUACGAGAAACACACCGCCUCAAGGUUUAUUCGGGGGGUGGAGGAGGAGGAGGAGGAGGGGGAGUAUCCCAAGAGCCUUGAUUUUAACAAAAAAAAAGAGAAAACAAAUGUAAUUUAAGAAAGUUUAUUAUAAAGUCAAUUCAGCAAAAAAAGAAAUUAUAAAAGAUUUGCUACGAAGUAUAGAACAAAGGUAUAAAAAUAAAAUUAUUGUUUGAAAUGA